AUGCAUUGGGUGGAAUAUCUAUAUUUGUCAUCUAUUACUUUUAGUGGCGCAUUGGCGCUCUCACCUUCUGGCGAUUAUGCGCCAGCAGAGGUUGUCUGUGAAAGUGGAGUUAAUUUACUCAGAGAAGCCAGUGGCCUGUCAUCGGAUGAAAAGGCAUGGCUAGAGAAAAGAGAUAAGCUAACUGAAGAAGCUAUGAAAAGUUUCUUGACACGUGCUACUGCGAACUUUUCUGACACAUCUAUCUUGGAAGAGUUGUUCUCUAAUUCGUCAAACGUUCCAAAGAUUGGUUUUGCUGCGUCUGGAGGUGGCUACCGUGCAAUGCUCAAUGGUGCUGGUAUGCUAUCUGCAUUUGAUAAUAGAACCAGAGGAGCUAACGAACACGGCUAUGGGGGGUUACUACAAGCUGCAACAUAUUUGUCAGGCCUAUCUGGUGGUAAUUGGCUAGUUGGAACACUUGCAUGGAACAAUUGGACAUCAGUCCAAGAUAUUGUUGACGACUUCAGUGAUUCUGAUACAAGUACAAUUUGGGACUUGGAACAUUCAUUAUUAGAUGCUGGUGGAUGGAAUUGGGCCUAUUCUAUCGAAAGAUGGGCUGCCGUUAUCGACGAGGUUAGAGAUAAGAAACUAGCAGGAUUUAACGUCAGUUUGGUUGAUGUAUGGGGUCGUGCUUUAUCUUAUUAUUUUUUCCCAGAUAUGAACGAUGGUGGUGACGCACUAACUUGGUCCUCUAUUAGAGACUUUGACGUUUUCAAAAAUGCCGAAAUGCCUUUUCCAAUAAGUGUUGCUGAUGAGCUAUUUACAGAUUCGUCAUCUGUCAACUUGAAUAGUACAGUUUUUGAAUUCAACCCAUUCGAAAUGGGUUCAUGGGACGAAACUUUGAAUGCAUUCACGGACGUAAAAUACUUAGGAACAGAAGUCUCUAAUGGUGAGCCGGUGGAUGACACAAAAUGUGUGGAAGGUUUUGAUAACACUGGCUUUAUAUUAGGCUCAUCAUCCGAUGUAUUCAAUCUUGUUACCGAAGCAGGCUUUUCUUUCAUGAUCACUAUAAUGGAAUAUUUGUUUUUAGGGACAGUGACGGAAGCAAAUGGGGACGAAGCAAAAUAUGGCCCAAAUCCAUUUAAAGACUCUAGUUUUUACGAUGAAAGCCUGUAUAGUGACAUCGUUGGUUCAGAUACUUUGUACUUAGUUGAUGGUAGUGAAGAUGGGCAAAAUAUUCCUUUGUUGCCCUUAAUUACCGAAGACCGUGCCCUUGAUGUGGUGUUUGCUUUCGAUAACAGUGCUGAUACUUCUGAUGGAUGGCCCGAUGGUGCUUCUCUGGUGAGCACCUAUGAGCGCCAAUUCGGACUUCAAGGUAAAAAUAUGGCUUUCCCAUAUGUUCCUGACACUGACACCUUUGUUAAUUUGGGAUUGAACAAAAGACCCACCUUUUUCGGUUGUGACGCAAGCAAUUUAACUGAUUUGAACUACAUCCCCCCUCUAAUCGUGUAUAUUCCAAACUCGGAAUAUUCGUAUGAAAGUAAUACACUUGUCGAGAAAUUAACUUACAGUACCAAAGAACGUAUUGGCAUGAUCAGAAACGGGUUUGAAACCGCUACGAGAGGUAAUUUUACCGAAGAUAGCACUUUAAUUGGAUGUAUGGGAUGUGCUAUCAUGAGACGUAAACAGGAAUCCACCAAUGCCACGUUGCCUACAGAGUGUGAAUCAUGUUUCAAUAGUUAUUGCUGGAAUGGUACCAUUGCUGCCUGA